AUAUAAAACGUAAUCAAAGAUUAACGAAAUUAUAUAUAAUAUAAGAAAAAAAACUUAUUUAAAAAAAUGUCGAAAGAAAAGCAAGAAUCAAAAAAAGCUAUAACUAAUCCAUCAACGAGUCAAUCUGCAGAAAGUAUAUCGGCAAACGUACAAGAAGUUACAAUACUUAAUAAAAACAAUGAGUGGGAGACUAUUAAUUUUGCAUCCGACGAAAUGUUGGAGACUAUUCAAAUUGAAGAUUCAACCGUCGAAGCUAUUGGAUUCGUCGACGAAAUUGACGGUCCUAAAAUUGUUGGAAAAGUACAACAUUAUGCUUUAUUAAAAUUUUUUUUGAAUAAUAAUAGUCGCCACAGGAUACAAAUGAUGGCUUGGAAUGAGGAAGCAGAGAGAGUAAAGCAUCAUUUACAACCUAACAGA